GAAACUGCGGAUUGAUCCCCAGCUAGGUGAUCAGGUCUGGGCAUUAGGAGUUGGAGAAGUAGCGGAUUUAAAAACUUUCUGUCUGCAAGUCUGUUCGUGGUUCUAGCGCUCCAUGAAGAGUCCCUGAGUUCCAAAAGCGAAAUAAUGGCUCUUUGAACGGCGUCCUCCUUCUGCGACGUUAAGCUUCGACUGCUUUGCUCCUACAAAACAACAGAGCAAGUAUGGGGUCUACAGUUAAUUCCACAACUCUCGCCUCCAGCCAGCGCAUGGUUUGUGCUUUUGGACAACACGAUCGAAGCAGUCGGCACGAUGGCGGCAUCGAUCCUUCGCAAGAAAAUUACCCCCAUUUCCACAGGCGAGCUCGGCUCUCCCCCUCUCCCACAGGCUAACCAUAGCCAAUCACGGCUUAGGUCGGGGGCGGAGCCAGCGGAGAGGCAGCGCUUAAUUGGUGAUGGUCUCUCUGAUUGGAUGACAGAGAAAGUUGAUUUGUCUUCAUUUGUGUCAACGACCGAGUCUUCUCCGAGCUCAUCUCUUCCACCCUCGCCGUUAGAACAAGAUGUCAAGGUGCCCUCGGAUCUGGAGGUUAUGACCUCCCUACUGCAGGAGGAGCUGGCUCAGCUGGAGGACUACUUCCGCUCCGAGUCCACAUCCACCACAAAUAAGUUGGAGAAAUCCUCAAAAUGUGACAAGGUUUCCCAAGCCAUGGGCUCCCAGUCUUAUUAUCAGUUACCCUAUGGCUCAUACGGGACCAGCCAAUCAGAAACCAGCCCUGUGGUAGUUACCUUGGCAACAGGGGAACUGGACCUGGCCAGCUUCUGUGGCGGUCCCAUCAGCAGAACCAAAAUUGCACGGCCCGCCCCGUACAGCUACCACCACCGCUACCACCACAACAACGGGCGCAGGAUCCUGGGCGAGUCGGUGAAAGUCGGCGACGAAGUGGGUCUGGAAACAUGGGGCUCCAGGGGAUGUUACUCAGGGAGCACGGAGUUUUCCGUGAACCACUACUCCACACUGAAGACCGUGAGCAAGAACAGCAUCGGGAGCGUGAAGAAGGUGAGAGAAUGUGCUUUAUCGUUGAAGGAGGAGGAAAGUUACUGUUUUUCCGAAGGAAUGUUUUGCAGUGAAGAGAUUGCCAGAGGUUUCUGCUUGGGUGGCUCGUACGAUGGCCACCACAAGCGAGAAGGACAGCUGAUGCACAACGUGAAGGUCAAUGUAAGUUACGACAGCGCAGGGCUUGAGGUCUUGCACUGCAGCAAGGAUGGCGGACUCUCUGGAAGUCUUCCCCAAGAGACAAUGGUGGCCGGUGACAGCUACUUCCAUCAGUCCAUGGCCAGCACGGAUCCGUACCAUAGCUUUAUAGGAGACCUAGACCAGCCGGCUCAGGCACAGGCUGUGGAGCCCCAACACAGCCACUACCUCUAUCCAGAAUGCCUUGCGGACCAAAGCUACGAAUGUCUGUCUAGAGGGGAAGGCGAGGGGCCACUGCUGGGUGCCCCCAUACAUCGCCCCACCCAGAGGUUAAAGGACGAGCCCUGUUCUAUGAAGCCAGCCCUGGUGAUGGGAGCAGGUUCCCUGGAGACCAACAAUGGAGAGAGGAAGCAAAAGAAGAGAGACCAGAACAAAACCGCUGCUCACAGGUACAGGCUGCGUAAGAGGGCGGAGCUGGACUCUCUGGAGGAGGAGCUGCACGGCCUCGAGGGACAGAACCGGGAGCUACGUGACAAGGCGGAGUCGGUGGAGCGAGAAAUCCAGUACGUCAAAGAUUUACUGAUCGAGGUAUACAAAGCUCGCAGUCAGCGGCUCAAACAGGAUGGCAGUGCCUGAAGAUGCCCCCCUCAAAUACCCUCCAUUCUCCACUACCCCAACCUCACCCUCCGCUCACCUCAACCACCGUUCCUCCCAGCCAGCACAGAGAGAACAAUCACGCCAAGAGCACCAACUGGUUUUUGUCUCAGCACGAUUGAAAGGGUAGUUGCAUGAUCCUGAUAGUUCAUAUCCAGAAAAACAAAAAAGAGAGACAGAACAGAAAGAAACUUUGUCCUGAAAAAGAGAGAAAAAGAGAAGUGUGGAAGUGGGUGAGUGAACUGUGAGAAGCCUUAGUGAGGUGGCUUCGUGAGGAGAUGCCGAACUUGUCCGUGACCACUGUGAUCCGAACUGAACUCACAGCCUUGUGACGACGCGCCGAUGGAUCGUCAUCGCUCUCUGGAUUCGUGGUAGUGAUUUGAAAUUUGCUUGUCGUUUUUUUUCGUGACACACAUCGGCAGCAUCAAGGCAGACUCAUACUAAAUAUAUAUAUUUUAUUUUAUAAUUUUAUUUUUACCUGAUAACUUAUCGUUUGGUUAAAACAAUCAAAUGAAUAAAGGGGAUUGCUGGCGAAAGUGCGUAACGUGCUUAAUGAAUAUUCACUACUGCAGACAUUUAGAGAAUUUGUAUUGCUAAACUGUUGAGUACUUCCACCUGUCCCCCCGUCCUUCUUCACUGAGAUACCCGAUGCAUGUUUGAUUUUGGAAACGCAUGAGCGAGUGUUAUUUGAAGGCAAUAUUAUGUUAACUGCAUGGCUUCAAGAUCUUCACUUCGCAUCAGUUCUCCGUCCAAUCAGCCCACGACUUUUCUCUCACCUUGUCUCAAUUGGUGUAAUUCCCGCUCAGGUUUUUGGUUUCCUGGACGGAGAGUAAUACAUUUACCCCGCUUUUUAGCCCCCUUUUCUUUACCCCUCUCUAUCUGCCCUUUGACUUUAUUUCGCGGACACACAAUCACCUACCGAGGCAACGAUGAUUGUUGUCGACUUCCUGGGAAUUUUGUUGUCAAUCGGCUCAAUUUGAUGUAUCUUAAGAUUCAGGUCCUUUUUUAUUAUUGGAUGUCAAUGUCAGGAAAUUUCUUAUUCAUCAGGUAGAUUACAGCCAAAUAAACCAGUUAUGUGUUGUCACUCAUCUCUGCCUUUGGACUGUUUUUGUUUCGGCUGCAUGGUGCUUAUCAGACGUUUGUCUUGCAGCCAUCAGAAUGCUUACGUCAGCUGGCUGCAGUGACCAGGUAGGGUUUAGGGGUAGGGUUUGGGAUUAGGGUUGCACACGUCGAGUAGUAUCACAAAAAGCAAAAUCAUAAUGAAACACAGGCUUUGAUUGACAGCUUUGCUUAAUAAAACUGUUUUCCUUAAGAAUUCUGAUCUGAUAUUAAAUCACUUUGUCCUAACAACUCAAUUGGGGGGGUGAGAAAGCACGGCUAACCCCCAACAAAAAAGACAUUUACCCGCUUUGUUCAUUCAUCAUGAUGGUUUCCCCAAGGGCCGAGUGGAAUCGUAUCAAGCUGCAGCUGUCAACAGACAACAGUAGUUGCCUAUCUUAUAUGCUACAGCUUGAAGAGGUUGUUUGCAGGGGUGUGUGUGCGUGUGUGUGAAGACGGGUGUGUGUGAAAUCUCUUGGUAUCUCCCCUAGCAGUUGUAGGCCUUUCAAGUGAAUGAGGCAAUAUCGCACAAUACUUGCCGGAGACGGAGAGAGACGCAAAGUGAAGUGUGAGAAUGAGAGCGAGCUGGGCUGACAGAGAAUGUCAUUAAAGCCCAUCGCUUCUGUUUGUUUGGGGGGGGAGAAAAAAAAAACCUGACAAAGAUUCAUAAGGCUUCAUUAUAACUCAACAUUGAUUUGUUUCUGUUUGUGUAAGAUAUGACAUGGAAAUGAAUACCAAAUGGAUUCUCAUGUUGAAGCUUAGAGUCUCAUUACCACUGGCGAACAUCGUAAUGAUGUGUGUAAAUAAAUUAAAAAUAAAAGUGAACAGAU